CUCUUGCCAUUGUCCCAUAACCCGCUCACACCAUGGCCGACGAGUUCCCCCUCCCCAUCCCGCCCAGCAAGAACCGCAACGACCUCGCGAUCGAGCUGAUUUCCGGCUCGGUCGGCGGCGCGGCGCAGGUCAUUGUCGGACAGCCCCUCGACACGCUCAAGACGCGUGCCCAGACGGCACCCAAGGGCCAGUUCAAGAACACGCUCGACAUCUUCAAGGUCACGGUGCGGAAUGAGGGCUUCCUGGCGCUGUACAAGGGUAUGGCAUCCCCCCUCAUCGGCGUGGCGGCGGUCAACUCUCUCCUCUUCUCGGCAUACGGCGCCGCCCGCCGCCUCGUGAGCCCGUACCCCGACUUGACGGUCGGCCAGACGGCCUUGGCAGGAAGUAUGGCGGGUGCCGCGAACGCGAUCCUGGCCAGCCCGGUCGAAAUGUUCAAGAUCCGCAUGCAGGGCCAGUACGGCGGCGCGGGAGACAAGAAGCUCAACGCCGUCGUGCGCGACAUGUGGCGCCAGUAUGGGCUGCGCGAUGGCAUCAUGCGGGGGUACUGGAUCACCUUCGUCCGCGAGAUCCCAGCCUACGCGGGCUUCUACACGGGCUACGAGACGACCAAGCGCUUCUGGAUCAAGCAGCAGGGCACGACCGACCUGCCGAUCUGGGCGCUGCUGUCGUCCGGCGCCGUCGGCGGCCUGGGCUACUGGCUCGCGUGUUACCCGCUCGACAUUGCCAAGAGCCGCGUGCAGCUCGCCGCGGCGCCGCCUAGCCGCGGCGGCUGGCUGACGGGCGGGUACAUUACGCGCGAGAUUGGCGCGAUUGUGCGCGAGGGCGGAACCAAGGCGCUGUUCCGCGGCCUCGGCCCCUCGCUCGUCCGUGCCGUCCCCGCUGCGGCGUCGACGUUUGUCGCGUUCGAGCUCACCCGCGACUACAUCCACGAGCACGACCUGCUCUAAAACUAACCGCGCCUGCGCCACCUCUAGAUUGCACAGUAGAG